AUGGAAGGAUCAUUGGUGUCAUCUCAAGCUAUCCCAGUUUCUGAAGAUGAUUAUUGCAACAGCUCCAGUGCACCUGCUGAUGCUGCUGGCAGCAGCUCACCAGCUGUUGCCAAACUCCGGAAGCUGCUGUUCAGGCGAAUGCUGAUUGGUGUGAAUGAUGGCCGCUACUUCCUCGGGUUGUUCCACUGCAUCGAUAAGCAAGGGAACAUAAUCCUCCAGGAUGCCGUGGAGUACCGCAGUGCCCGCCAUUCUUCACCUCCGACAGAGCAGCGGUGCCUGGGGCUCAUCUUGAUCCCUGCCGCUUGCCGCUCGUCAUGCCAGGUCGAUUGCUCUAUUGAAGAGAAGAUGUCGCUUCUGUGUUUAGAGUGA